AACCCAUCCUCAAAAGAUCAAAGCAAAGCUCUCUCUCACACAAUUCAUUCAUCAUUCCUUACCUUCUCUUCUGCACAAAGAUUUUGUGCAGACAUGGGUAUGAGAAACAAUCCAUGGGUGUUUCUCUCUGUUGUUAUCUUCCUCUGCUUCUCUUUCAACACCGAUCUCUGUUUCGGAGCUAGCACCAUCACUGCAAACCAAUCUCUGUCUGGAGACCAAACCAUCGUCUCCGAUGGUGGAAUCUUCAAAUUGGGUUUCUACAAUCCAGGUAACUCUUCCAACUACUACAUAUGUAUGUGGUAUGUUCAAGUCUCUACCUUAACUGUAGUUUGGGUAGCAAACACACAAAAACCCAUCUCUAAUAGGUACUCUUCAGAGCUCAAAAUCAGUAACGGUAACUUAGUUCUUCUCAACGAGUCCCAAAUCCCAAUUUGGUCCACAAAUCAGACCUCAAUCACUUCGAAUUCUGUUGUGGCUGUUCUUCUUGAUAAUGGGAAUUUGGUUUUGAGAGAAAGCCCCAUUUCAACUCAGCCAAUUUGGCAGAGUUUUGAUCACCCUGUUCAUACAUGGUUACCUGGUAGCAAAAUUGCAUAUAACAAGAUCACAAACACACAGCAACAACUCACUUCAUGGAAGAACAUAGAAGACCCAUCACCGGGACCGUAUGCUAUGCAUCUUGACGCGAAUAACAGCCAGUAUUUGAUUAUGUGGAAUGGGUCUGAGAGGUAUUGGACUAGUGGGCCUUGGAAUGGUCAGAUUUUCAGCUUAGUACCUGAAAUGAGGGCCAAUUAUAUCUUCAAUUUCAGCUAUGUGGACAACGAGAAUGAGAGUUACUUCACAUAUUCUCUGUAUAAUCCUGCGAUUAUUUCGAGGUUUCUUAUGGAUGUUUCGGGGCAAGUCAAGAUGCUCACUUGGUUGGAAGGAACGAAGGAAUGGAACUUGUUUUGGGCUCAGCCGAGACAGCAAUGUGAGGUUUACGCUUAUUGCGGGGCAUUUGGGACCUGCAAUGAGAAUACUCUUCCAUUCUGUAAUUGUUUGCAAGGUUUUCAUGAAUCGAAUGUGAGUGAUUGGAAUCUGAGUGAUUAUUCUGCUGGGUGUGUGAGGAAUACUCCAUUACAGCAGUGUGGGAAUACGAGCGUGGUGAACGGACAGAGAGAUAGGUUUUGGGAAUAUUCAAACAUGAGAUUGCCUGAAUAUCCUCAGUCUCUGUCUGUUGGAAGCAAUGUGGAAUGUGAAUCUGCGUGCUUGAAUAACUGUUCUUGCACUGCUUAUGCUUAUGGAAGCGAUGGAUGUUCAAUUUGGACUGUGAACCUCUUGAAUCUGCAACAACUCUCUGGAAACGAUGGUAGUGGGAAAACUCUUUAUCUCAGACUCGCUGCUUCUGAGUUUCCAGUUGCGAAAAACAAUAAGGGGGCUAUCAUUGGUCCUGUUGCAGGUUCAGUUGGAGGAGUAUUGCUCUUGGGCCUUGUUUUUGCUUUUGUAUGGAAGUGGCAAAGAAGAUUUGUUGCAAAAACAAAAGCAGUAGAGGGUUCGUUGGUUGCAUUUGCAUACAAAGAUUUGCAAAAUGCAACAAAAAAUUUCUCUGAGAAAUUGGGGGGAGGGGGAUUUGGUUCUGUUUUCAAAGGGACAUUGCCAAAUUCAAGUGUCAUAGCGGUGAAGAAGCUUGAAAGCAUUAGUCAAGGGGAGAAGCAAUUCCGAACAGAAGUCAGCACAAUUGGAACUAUCCAACACGUCAACCUUGUUCGGCUUCGUGGGUUUUGCUCUGAAGGUAGUAAGAGGUUGUUGGUGUAUGAUUACAUGCAAAACAGUUCCUUGGAUGCCCAUCUUUUCAACGAAAAGGAGUCAAAGAUUUUUGAUUGGCAAACUCGGUACCAAAUUGCACUUGGGACAGCCCGGGGGUUGGCUUAUCUUCAUGAAAAGUGCCGGGAUUGCAUCAUACAUUGCGACAUAAAGCCCGAAAACAUACUCUUAGACGCCGAGUUCUGUCCCAAAGUAGCGGAUUUCGGUCUGGCAAAGCUCAUGGGACGUGAAUUCAGCAGGGUUCUGACAACCAUGAGAGGGACACGAGGCUAUCUUGCACCAGAGUGGAUUUCAGGGGUCGCCAUAACAGCCAAAGCCGAUGUUUACAGCUACGGUAUGAUGCUCUUUGAACUUGUAUCAGGAAGGAGAAACUCCGAGCAAUCUCAAGACGGGAAAGUAAGAUUCUUCCCAACAUGGGCUGCUAGUGUAGUCAUAGAGGGAGGCGAUAUACUAGACCUAUUGGACCCAAAGUUGGGUCGAAAUGCUGACAGUGAAGAGCUAAAGAAGAUUUGUAGAGUCGCUGCUUGGUGCAUCCAAGACAAUGAAAAUCAUAGGCCGACAAUGGGUCAGAUAGUUCAGAUCCUCGAAGGGGUUCUGGAUGUGAAUCCACCUCCGAUUCCACGAUCUCUUCAAGCAUUUGUUGACAACCAGGAACAUAUUGUUUUCUUCACAGAGUCUGAUGAGAGUUCACAAGCACUGAGCAAUCCCUCAAGCUCUGAUCAGAGUAAGAGCACUACUUCAACAAUGAGGUCCUAGUUCUGAAGACAAUAAUAAGAAUGUGGUGAAACACUUGUGUUGUCUACUUGCUUAAGUUUAGUAGUGUAAGGCUUGUUUUGUUAUUCUCUGUUUCCACUGUUUUUGUUGUCUAUAAAUAUUAGUGGUUAAAUUUUAGUAAAUUUAUUGUAGCAAUGUGUAAAAUAACCUCUUUGAGAGACAUACAAGACUAGAAAAAAUUGGAGACUUGCAGUAUUUAUUUUUCUUGAUGACAAAGCUUCAUCUUUUUUAAA